GGCACAGUGAGUGUUGAUUUUUUAUGUUUCCUUUCCCUUCUCCUUUACACAGAACAGAAGCAAUAGUUCUGAUGCAAUGGCGGAGGCUCCUUCUCUGAUUUCUCUGUGCAUCGACACACUCGCACAAGAACUUCUCCUCGGGGAUAAUGAUCUUCUUCUUCAGGCUAUAUACGACCUUCCUUUCCAUUUACUUGAUACCUUAAUCGCGCGUUUGCCCCCAAUCGCGUUGCGCAAAUUCCAACAUCACCUGCCGUUCCAGGACCAGAAUGAGGAAGGGUUUUCUUGCGAUGAAUCAACAAACAAGAGAAAACGCUCAAGGGAUUUUAAUCUAAAUACAGCUUGGCAGAUGUUGUUUAAGUUACGGUGGCCUUGUCUCGUUAAUCAGAUCCAACCAACCGACUGGCAGCAAGCGUAUUGGGAAACCCAUUUGCAAAAUUGUCUAGAUGAAGCAGCAGAGAUAGCACUAAUCCCAUCUUUUAAUGGAUAUAUUGGUGACAUACAGAUUUCAGACAGUAUACUGAAAUAUAUUGGUUUUGCGGGACAUGAAAUUCAUUCAAUUUGUGACUAUUCAAAACUGUCUUACCAUUGCCUACAAUUUGGCAGCCAUGUGAGUUGUCUGAGACUGCAAAAUUUUCUAUAUACUUCAGAAACUUGUGAUUUGUUGAGAAGUUGCAAGCUGCAGAGUCUGGUGCUAAGAUGGAUCAGAUCCAAGGAACAAAUUGAUGGAUUAUGCAAACUUCUUAGGCAACAUUGUAGAACAUUGACAUCACUGGAAUUUAUUCACUGCACGGUCUCCACAGAUUUUUUGAGGGCAAUAUUCGGUUCUGUGGUCAUAAAUAGUGUACAAAGAUAUGGGAUCCAACACUUAUCAAUCAUAGCCUCAAGUUUUCUGGAACCAUGCAAAGUUUCUUUACCUGGUGAACUUGUGUCAUUUUUGUCUUCAGGAAGGUCCCUGUGCUCAUUAAAAUUAUCUGACAACCAACUUGGACGGACUUUUGCAAGAGAUCUUUUUGUGAUUCUUCUCAAUCUUUCCUCUAGCAUAUCUGUCCUUGAUCUUUCUGAGAAUAAAAUAGCAGGAUGGCUUUCUGACUUUAAAAGGAGAUUCUCAAGUGGUUCACAUUCGUCUUUUGGAAUUGGAAAGUCCUUGCAACUCUUGCGUGUACUUAACCUGAGGGGGAACAAUUUACGGAAAGAUGAUGCAGAAAGUCUUAGAGAUGCUCUUGUGCACAUGCCUAACUUGGAGAACCUGGAUAUAAGUGACAAUUUCAUUGAGGAUGACGGAAUCAGGAAUUUAAUUCCCUAUUUUGCUGGAGCAUCUGAAACGUGCUCUCAAUUGGCUUGUUUGAAAUUAGAGAAUUGUGAGCUGUCCAGUGAUGGAGUGAACUAUCUUCUAGAUGCUCUUUCUACCUUCAAAGGACCAUUGAAGUCUCUUUCUGUUGCUGACAACCUCCUUGGCAGUGAAGUAGCUGAAUCUUUGGGGAAAUUUUUGAGUACACCUAUCGAGGUACUUGAUGUUGCAGGAGUUGGAUUGGGUUCAUCUGGUUUUCGAGAGCUUCAGAAACUAAUAAAGGAGGAUCUUAAGCUGGUGAAAAUUAAUCUAAGCAAAAACCGUGGUUCGAUUGAAACUGCCAUGUUUUUGUCAAAGCUCUUGUCACAGGCUCCAAAACUAGUUGAAGUGAAUGCUGCAAGUAAUUUUAUGCCAAUAGAAUCACUGGCCAUCAUCUGCUCUGCAUUAAAGUUUGCAAAAGGUAAUGUUCGGCGUUUGGACUUGACGGGACAUACAUGGGACUUUAAGCCAGAGCAUGCUUCCCUAUGCACUGAAUUUGUACAUAAUGGAGAGCCUACUUUGAUUCUUCCAUCAUCAGCAACCUCUGCUCCACCUUAUGACGAUGAUCCUUAGAAAACGAAUUCCGUGUGAUUUCGAUUUACGUUGCACGAAAUAUGGAAUUAAAGUUGUGUUCUAAUAUAGUUAGUAGUUCAUCAGAUGCUGUGCAUCCGAACACAUACAAUCUGUUGUAUCAACUAUCAAGAUGUAAUAGAAACACUUGGUUUUGGGUUAUUUUUAUAUGAACUUUUUUCAUAGUGGUUUAGACAAUAUACUGUUAUUCAUUUCUAUUUCUAUCUCUCAAAUCAAACAUAUUGGAGCUCCGAUAGGAAUCUUCCUUUUAGUUAACUGGUUA